AUGGCGAACGUUCGAGAUAGUGAUACAUCUUUGUGGCUCCACAAUAAACUCGGAACAUCGAACGAUUCGUGGACUACAGGCUCAAUUUGUACACAGUUGAAUGCAGAAGUUCUAAAAAAUAUCAAGGAUUGUUUUCCAGAUUUGCAAACCCAAGUGAAAUUGAAAUUAUUGUUAAGUUUCUUUCAUAUCCCGCGCAGAAAUGUUGAAGAGUGGAAAAAUGAAUUGGAAGAAAUCAUUGAAGUUGCAGCAGUCGACUCAGACCUCUGGGUGGCAAUGUUGGCAGAAGUCCUUAAGACAUUCCCCUCACAAGGCACACUUAACACGGAGAUAGCAGAAUUUGAUGAGACACGGCCAAUAUUUAGUGAUAUGAUUGGAGAACUGAGGCGGGCUUUGGCCAAGCAUUCAGACCUCGGACUUCUACCUCUUGAGUGCCUAUAUUUAAAUAAAAAUGCUUUAGUUUCUGUGGUGGGUCAGCAAGCGAAUGCCGUCAAACAUUUCACAUUGAAAAGAAAGCCAAAGUCAGUGGCGCUACGAAGCGAGCUAUUGGCGAAGGCGACAGAAGUAGCGGCUAAUCAAAAGAAGGCGCAGGCGCCGACCGUCCCUGUGCGCAGCAGAGGCAUGCCACGCAAAAUGACCGACACCACGCCGCUGAAGGGGCUGCCGUCGCGCUGGGCGGCACGCGGCGGCGCGUCUGGCGCGCGGGUGCUGCCCGUACGGCAUCCGCCGCGCUCGGGCAUCAAGCUACUGGACAUCACGGAACAGCCUGCCACACAGGCGCAGAUCAAAAAGCGCAGGAAGCUCGAAAUGGAGGAAGGUCAGAAGAAACCGCCGCCCGCAGCGCCACCCUCGCCGCCGCCGGACUACGCCAAGGGGCUCAACAACUACCAAAUGCCCAAGCCCGAGGAGCAGCAACCUGCUACGAGUACAGCGGAGACUGCGGUGCCGCCGCUGACUUCUCCGUUGGGUGGGCUGCGCGCGUCGCCACCUGCGCCGGCGCCGCCGGAGCCGAUGCAGGACACGCCAAGGCCCAGUCCCAUUCUCGUACAGCAGGGCACGGGCGCAAAACCAAUAGUAAUAGGUCAACAACCGAAGCUGUUAAUAGCGGGUCAAGCAGGGGGAAAGCCAGUACUGCUCUCUGCUCAGAACCUGCUCAACACUUCUGCUGUCAUACUGCAGCCAGGCGGAAAAGCUGUUCUGCUGCAGAACAUCAAACCGGUGACGCAGACGGUGGUGCAGCAGGCGCCGCGUGCGACUCUGGGCGUCCCGCCGCUGCACCCCACGCACCCCGCAGGACUGCCCCACCAGAUCACACAGACGGUCCAAAUGGCCCAACCUGUACAGCAACCCCAACCCGUGCAACACGCCCAGCCAGUGCAGCAGCCACAGCCGGCACAGCAAACUGUGCAGCAACCUGUACAGGCUGUCCAGCAAACUGUACAGCAACAGCCACUGCUGCCGCGUAGAGGGCUCUCGCUUACGCGUGAACAAAUGUUGGAAGCUCAAGACAUGUUCCGGAAUGCGAAUCGCGUCACGAGGCCCGAGAAGGCCCUCAUACUCGGCUUUAUGGCUGGAUCUAGAGACAACCCUUGUCCGAAUCUCGGCAACAUCGUCACAAUCAAGCUAUCAGAAAACAUCGAGAAUGUUCUACAGACAGACGACACUUACCUCACGAUGCUCUCAGAAAUGCAUUUCCAAAUGAAUUAUAACAACGGACAAUGGACGAGGUUGAAAAAAUACAGACAUAUUGACGGAAUGAUGCCUCAAAAAAUACCUCCCGGAUCCACAGUGAUACAGGCCAAUAAUCAACAACCUGUUGUCUCGAUAGCCAAUCAGAGCGUGAGUUAAAAUUAGUUUUUAAUUAGGCGUGUUUAAGUGGAAAAUUACAGUUUGCAGUUCUAGUAGAGACAGAGAACAAGGUAGAUGUUGAAAUGAUUAAUUGAUUAUUUGAGACCAGCUAUAGCUAGCAUUUACAAAUUGUAUGAAUUAUGUUUAUCGUUAUGGAAUGUAUUUUUUAUGGAACGCUUUUGUAGACAAACAUUCCUGUCACGUUAGCCAUUUUGAAUCCGCCAUUUUGUAUUUCAGUUCAUUUUUUAGUUUGAUUUUUACUUCCGUCUUUCUAAUACAAAAAUGGAAUAUGCAAACUGUAAUUAUCCAUAACAUUUUGUAUAUUUGCUAUGUUCGUAGAAUAAAAGUGUUAUUAUUAGU